AUGCAAAUCGCCACACCCGACAAUGACAGCUGCGCCAAAAACACCACCCCUCCAAGGUUCUUUUGGAAACACAUCAUGCCUCGAAAAACAAAAGAACGUCCUGCUCGACGAAAGAUCGUGGCGUUGCCAGUGGGUUCUACUAGCAGUAGUCCAACAUGCCAAAAGAGCCUUCCCAUUGUCCUUUUCACGCCGAACAUUGAUGCUCUAGAGGAGUCCGACCGUCGAGAAAGCAACACAAUGCGGCAAGUGCCGCAACUGGAACAGCAAGAAGAAUCAGAGGGAGAAGAAGAAGAAGAUCGAUCGUCGUUGUGGAACGACAUGGAGAUCUUCCUCGCUACCCUUCCCGUUUGGUAG